UACCCCGGCCCCCUUCGACUGUCUUCGUGGAACGUGGAGCGAUUCUACAACUAUAUUCCCUUCUUGUGAAGGCGGAGUUUGAUCAAAGUUCUUUGAUCAGGUGCUCCUGAAUAAAGGCCUGACUAUGCCAGCUCCAGGGAAACUAAGGGACCUGAUACGAACAAUAAGGGCCGCAAGGACAGCUGCAGAUGAAAGAUCAGUGAUAGCAAAGGAGUGUGCCUCCAUCAGAGAUUCCUUCAGAGAGGAAGAUAAUGAUUUUAGAUGCCGAAAUGUGGCCAAGCUUCUGUAUAUUCACAUGCUGGGAUAUCCUGCUCAUUUUGGCCAGCUGGAAUGUUUAAAACUUAUUGCCUCGCCCAAGUUUACAGACAAAAGAAUAGGUUAUCUAGGAGCCAUGUUGUUACUUGAUGAACGACAAGAUGUCCACCUCCUGGUGACAAACUCUCUGAAAAAUGAUUUGAGUCAUCAGAACCAGUUUGUUGUUGGUCUGGCACUUUGCUCAUUAGGAAACAUUUGUUCUCAGGAAAUGAGUCGUGAUCUAGCAGGCGAAGUGGAAAAGUUGCUCAAGUCCACAAACUCUUACUUGAGGAAAAAAGCAGCGCUUUGUGCAGUGAGAAUAGUUCGAAAAGUUCCGGAACUCAUGGAAGUGUUUGUCCCCACAACAAGAUCUCUUUUGAAUGAAAGAAAUCAUGGAGUUGCAGUGUGUGGAAUUGCACUUGUUACUGAGAUGUGUCGGGUAAACCCUGAGACACUCUCACACUUUCGAAGGCAUGUUCCAAUCUUAGUGAAGACACUUAAGAAUCUUGUAAUGUCAGGAUAUUCUCCUGAGCAUGAUGUUUCUGGAAUAAGUGAUCCAUUCAUGCAGGUAAAACUUCUGCAACUGUUGAGAAUGCUUGGUAAAGAUGAAGAAUCAGUCAGUGAACAGAUGAAUGAUGUGCUGGCUCAGGUUGCAACAAACACAGAAACUAGUAAAAAUGUUGGCAAUGCCAUUCUGUAUGAGACAGUUCUGACCAUAAUGGAUACAAAGUCAGAGAGUGGGCUCAGGGUUUUAGCAAUCAAUAUUUUAGGACGCUUUCUUUUAAACAAUGACAAAAAUAUAAGAUAUGUUGCACUGAACACACUCUUAAAGACUGUAACAGCAGAUUAUAAUGCUGUGCAAAGACACCGUACCACAAUUCUAGACUGUUUGAAGGAUCCUGACAUUUCCAUCAGAAGGCGUGCAAUGGAGUUGUCCUUUGCUCUUAUAAACUCCAGUAACAUUCGUGGCAUGGUGAAAGAACUCUUGACCUUCCUGGUCAAAGCUGAUGUGGAGUUUAAGUCAUAUGUCACCUCAAAUGUCUUCUUAGCAGCAGAAAAGCAUUCCCCAAGUAAAAGAUGGCAUAUUGACACAAUGAUGAAAGUUCUAACAACAGCUGGAAAUUACGUUCGUGAUGAUGCAGUUCCAAGCCUGAUUCACCUGGUGUCAACGUCCAGUGAACUUCAAGCUUAUGCUGUGCAACGACUUUUUAAAGCCAUGCAGAAUGACAUUAGCCAGCAACCACUAGUCCAGGUCGGGUCUUGGUGCUGUGGAGAAUACGGAGAUCUGUUGUUUGUAGACAGUGAAGAAGACGAAGCUCUCACUAUUACGGAGAAUGAUGUGCUUGAUGUACUGGAAAGUGUACUGUACAGUUCUCAUUCAACGUCCAUUAGCAGAGAUUAUGCAUUAACUGCCGUCAUGAAACUCAGCACACGCUUUACCGCGACAAUGGAACGGAUUAAGAACGUAAUAAAUCAAUUCGAAGUGAACAUGGAUGUUGAACUGCAGCAGAGGGGCGUAGAGUUUGGUUCUCUCUUCAAAAAUCAUGAUAGUAUGAGACCAGCUCUAUUGGAGAAGAUGCCCGUUAUGGAAUCCAAGUCUGUAUCUUCUGAGCCAGUUACAAAUGGAGAAGUCACAGCACAACCAGAAGAACCGCAAAAGAUACAGGAAGUUGUUACAGAAGAGAAACCUCCUAAGCAAGCGUCGGAUACUUUGUUGGAUCUACUUGGCGGUGGCCCCACCCAACCUGAACCCGCUCCCGCCCCAGUCCAGCCUCCAGCUCCUGCGUCUUCGUCCGGCGGUGAACUUUUAGAUUUACUAGGAGGUCUGGAUCUAGGCUCAACGAAUGCAGGUCCCCCUCCGAUGAACAUGAUGGCUCCUUCACCAACUGUUCCUAACGUGUUGGAUGGCGGAGGACUGCUGAACCCAACAUCGUCAGGAGUGCUGGCUCCAUUGCAGAUGAACCAUCAACCGGUCGCCUCUCUGACUCUAAAUUCUUCUUCAGGUUUCCCGCCUAUAACAGCCUUCGAGAACAAUGGUUUAAAGAUAAUUUUUGCAUUCGAGAAGGUUCCUGGUAACCCAUCUAAUGUGGUGUCCAUCAUGGUAACGGCCACGAACUCGCUCGCUUUCCCCAUGACUGAUUUUGUUUUCCAGGCAGCUGUACCUAAGACUUUCCAGUUGCAACUUUUAAGCCCGUCUGGUAAUGUGGUGCCACCCAGCAACUCAGGAACCAUUACCCAAGAAGUAAAGGUGGCCAAUCCGCAACAGCAACCGUUGCGCAUGAGGUUAAAACUGUCGUAUAAAGUGAAUGGGGCCCCGGUCAAUGAACAAGGCGAGGUGAACAGUUUCCCUCCGGGACUCUGACGUCCUCGACACAGGAUCAUUAUAUGUAGAAAUUAUAUUUUGUAUGGUCAAUUGCAUAUCGAUGUGUAUCAGAGGCCUGGAUGCUGUCUGUAGUCUUAGGUUGCGUACCGUUUAGAACAUGGAAUUAAAACUGCAGCGGUACAGAAGACUUGGGUGGUCAGAAUUGAUAAAUGAUCAAAUUCACCGCACUCAAGACGUGAUUGACGUCUGAAGAUUGUUAGGGAGAAUUUUUAUAUUGAAGUGAUGACUAUUCUUUUUAUCACCACAAGCUAGCUGACUCGAUGGUAAUCUGUAACAUGAUAAGCUUGUUUAAAAUCUGUGAUCGUGCUUCCAUGUUCUAUACCUCUGCAGCUCCAGGGUCUAGACCAAACGCCCUAUCUCAAAUCAGUUCACAGUUAGGUUAUGAGGUUUUUGUCGUGCCUUCACUGAGGAUUUCCCUUCCCCCUUUCUACAAAGAUGGCCAGGAGAGAUUUCAGAAGGGGGAUUGGGUGGGGAAGGGGGAGGGGUUAAAUCAAACAAUUGCGCAGCCAACACCGAAAAUUGUUACUCUUCAUUUAAACCCUGAUGGUCGCUGCUUCUCGUUAGAUGAAAAGUAGAGAGAAAGAAAGAAGAAAUAAAUGAUACAAUUAUGAAGCAAACGGAAAAGAUUUACUUGAAACACAUGCUUAAAAAUGGAACCUACUAUAUGUAGAUGGCUCUGAAAUUGCAAAGUUACGUAAUUUGUUAUAUAGUUUCAUUUAGGUACCCGUCUUCAGUUCUACUCAUCGCUACUUUCUGGUAGCUUCACCAUUCUGUUUUUUUUGUGUGUGCGUGUUAAGCGAGAUAACCGAAAGGAGAUCUUUCAUGACUUGUCAGGCGUCUGGAUGAAAUUUUUUAAGUAGAAUGUUACCUCACGAUCUUCUUAGAAUAUGGUAACAUUAAGAUCACAAAUGGACUUUUAAAGAUAAGCAGCAGUGUCCUGAUUCGUCUUUUUUUUUUUUUCACUCUGAUCUCAUGCGAGUGAAGUAACGUUCUCCACCAUUCGCGAGCUUCUUUGCUGUUGAGUUCGAAAUUUGACAAAAAAAAAUCAAAACAGUUUCUGUUGAAUUAGAAUAUUAAACUUAAAACUUGGCUGCUUUGUAUAGAAUGGUGUGUUGUUGAUCUAAAAGUAGAGGAUGGUUUUUCUCGAAGUGGGCUUGUUAGGUAAGAUUUAACCACGUCAAAGGGAAGCAGUUUUGGAAAACUGUUUAGUGUAGACAUGGCAAAUGCAGCCUUUUUUUAAAAACUGAUGUUUCAUGUGCAGUAUGUGACGUGGCAAUAAAGCUCAGACUUAACAAAAAUGAUGUAAAAGAUUACUUUGUUCUUGUAAAAAUAUACUAGAAAAAUAACGUAAAAUAAAAGGCAAUUCACGCA